AUGUCAGUCUCGGCACUUGAUUCACGCCUGUUCCAAAACCUCUUUGGGACCCAAGAGAUCCGCGCUGUCUUCGAUGACGAGGCAUACACUCAGCAGAUGGUCGAUGUCGAGCUUGCUCUAGCCCGGGCACAAUCCAAGGUUGGGCUCAUCCCGGUUGAGGCUGGAGAAAUUCUCGCCAACAAGUUCAGAGAGAAGGAGGGCUUUCGUCUUGACUUUAACCGCCUCUCGCGCGAGACAGAGAUCGUGGGAUAUCCUGUCCUUCCUCUAGUGCGGCAGCUCGUGGAACAUGCUUCUGGUGAGAUGGGCAAGUAUAUCCACUGGGGAGCCACCACACAAGACAUUAUGGACACUGCCUCCAUGCUUCAGAUGCGCAAUGGGUUGCAGAUAAUCAAACGCCAUUUGCAAGAACUAGAAAACAUACUCCGAACUCUGUCGAAGAAGUACCGCGACACGCCAAUGGCUGGCAGAACACAUCUACAACAUGCUUUACCAUGUACAUUCGGGUACAAGUGCGCCGUCUACCUAUCCAGCAUCCUUCGGCAUUCCGAGCGUCUCCAGGAAAUUGAAAACCGAUGCCUUCUGGUCCAGUUCGGCGGCGCGGCCGGGACGCUGGCCUCUCUAGGAUCUGACGACGCCGGUCUCCGCGUGAGAGAACAACUCGCAAAAGAGCUCGGCUUGGGUAACCCCAGCAUCACCUGGCAUGUCGCCCGCGACAAUGUGGCUGAAAUCGUCAAUUUCCUUGCCCUCAUGGGAGGCUCGCUCGGCAAGAUCGCCUAUGAUCUAAUCUUUAUGUCGUCCAAUGAACUGAGCGAAGUGGCGGAGCCAUUUGUCCCCCACCGCGGUGCAUCGUCGACCAUGCCGCAGAAAAGGAACCCCAUCUCAAGCGAAGUCGUCCUUGCUGCUUCAAAGUUGCUCCGUGCGAAUGCGGGCCUGACACUAGACGCCAUGGUGACCGACUUCGAGCGGGCCUCGGGCCCUUGGCACCUGGAGUGGGUAGCCGUGCCUGAAGCAUUCGUCCUGGCCGUCGGCGCCUUGCAUCAGACCAAUUUUGCGCUGGGAGGCCUCGUCGUCAACACGGAUGCCAUGAUGAAGAACCUUAUAUCGACCAGGGGUCUGAUCGUCGGGGAAGCCGUGAUGAUGGGUCUAGCCCCGUUUCUAGGCCGACAACAGGCUCACGACCUAGUCUACGAGGCUUGCAAGGAGUCGAUAGAGAAGGACAUGGCACUGUUUGACGUUUUGAAGGACCGUGCCAGCGUGGCGGUAUACGUGUCGGAACAACAGCUGAAGGACCUCUGUGACCCGGCCAAUUACCUGGGCGCUAGCCAGCUGAUGGUGGACAACAUUCUCGAACUCGGGAAGAGAAGUUGA